AUGACGCCAGCUGCCUUAUAUAGAAAGAAGCGGCGACCGGCAGAGGCUUGUUGGCGGCCAAAGAACAGGUUCUGAAGACUUGGUGAAUCAUCUUUUGCUGGGGUCAUUAGCAGAAAAUUCGUGAUUCGGGUAACGGGAGACCCCAAUCCAUCUUUAUUCUGCGGAUGGUUUUUUUUUUGAGAAGUUCUCCGCUGGGGGAAAAAACCAGAGGUCAAGAAGAUAAAGAAGACAAUUGAUUCAUCUCAGGAGAAUUUACCCUAGCUACCAGAGUAAAUUGAAUUUUUUGUUUUUUAAACUGCAAGAGGAGAAAUUUUUUCAACGUUUCCCAGCAAAAAGAGGAUGGGUUAUAGUAGUCCUUGAAAUUUGCUUUCUUUUUCUCGCCUUACUGCAAGGGUAGAUUGUUCGUAAGAAGUUUGCAUCCGAGAAAAAAUUUUGAAAGGAGAAAUCUCAAAGAUUCUAUAAUCACAUACUUUGCACUCGUCAAGACCGACAAGUUCACAUAAGCUCCAGGAUGCGGCAAAAAUUAAGCACAGCAGCAUGUGUGGUGCUAAGAAACAGCUGUGCAAAAGUUCUCGGCAAUUUCCUGGCUGCCACUGGUCUUUCUCUCGUAAUUAUCAAAUCCUUUCUUAUUUGAACUCAAUAAUCGUCAAUGGAACCAAGUAUUUUGCAGAAUUUUACUUGCCUGUUUCAAAUCUCAAUAAUGAAGUCAUAUUUGUAAGAGCACUAAGUUUAGUAAAGAAUGAUAUUCCUGAAUCUUCCGGUGAGCCUCGAUAGUUGAAAAGUCUUUCAAGGUGGAAAAAACCAAAUAAUCGUUAUUUCCAGCAAGUAGUAUCAUAUUUCUUUCGUUACAACGAUCCGACUCUUUUGCGUAAGCUCAAGUGUAACUGUGACUGAGUGCUGUCCGCGUUUUCAAGCCGUCCUCGCUUUAGAGCAAUCUUGAGCACUUUUUUGAUUUCUUUUCCAUGAUACUUUUUCGGAACAAUCUCAAUUUUUUAUUACAUGAAACAAAAUUCGUUUUUUUUUAAUUUGGAGUUUUUUCCCAGAUUAAUUAUCAGCCACCAGAUUUUUUUUUUCGAAGGAAGCUGAAAAGUAGAAUUUCCUCCGUUUUACAGAAACUUUUUUUCAAACAUUUUUUGACGUUUAUCGUGGAUAAGAUUCGGAAAAUUCGGAAAUCCAACUUAUUUUAAUCAUUUUUCAAUAUUUUUCAGGUGAGUACUCAGAAUUAAAAGUGUGUUUUUGAUGAAUCUGAGUCGUAUUGAUUUUUAACAGACUUUAUAACCUCUGAUUUUUCAGUGACGUAUCCAUCAAAGAUGUCAUAUCAAAGUUUUUUCUGAUAUUUUUGAUGCUCUGAAAAGUUGCGAAAAAAGUCUAAACCGUAUAGUUGAUUCAAUGACCGGGAGAAAAAACUUUUUCAAAAGCGUCCAAGUGAUAGAGCUAGACGUGUCAUUAUGAUGAACAACUGCCGCAGUGCAUACGGAAAUUGUGAAAAACUUGCCUGUCUGCUCGUUUCGCGAACGCAUAUUGACCUGAUCGAUUUUUUACAAUUUUUUUUUUUGAAUUUGCAGGGAGCACAUUGUAACCGUCAUGAGAUGCUUCUCCGCGUGCCUUAGCAGUCUACUUAUUUUAUUUGUCAUUCUUCCAAUCUUCACUUAUUCGGCACAUAUCGAAGAUCCUAGCAGGAUAGGUCAUACAUUUUUUCUAGACAAAAAAAAAUGAAUUUUUACUGAAUUUCGAGCUUUUUAGUUUAAUUAUAAUGAAAUCUUUCAUUGAAAAACUUUCCGAGUGAAAAAAACAAUAGGAAUAUUUUUUUGAUUGCUAUACUUGAGUACCGUGUUAAAAAUUGAAAAAAACGAUUUAUUAACUUCCGAAUUUGCAAAAUAGACGCUGAUUUUUGUGCCUUCUAAAUCUCAGAAAUAUUUUUUUUUCAAUUUUUUAGAAACAGAACGAGCCAAUUUUUCAGAGCUUGAUAUGUUUGACUGGACAUCUGGGCUACGGGUAGCUUACUGUGUAGAUUCGCCUUUGCCUGAUUUGAUCGGGCCAUUUCGCCGAACGAUGGCAAAAGUCAUUACAAAAUACUGCCAUAACGCCUCCGCCUGCAAUUUAAGAACUCCGUAGGUCGUUACAUAAAUCUCGAAAAAAAAGUUUAAAUCCGUAGGCAAGUUUUCGGCGCCGAGCAGGUCGUUAUCCUUGAGGGUUUUCCUCGACGAGAGUCGUUAACCAUUCAAAUCAAAUUUUUUGUUGUACUUCCACACUCUUCUCUACCGACUCUGAGGCAGCAACGCCCCUUGCUUCCAAGACAAGUCCUAUCAGGUGAGAAUGUUGAAAAAGCUCUCUUUCCCAUUUCAAUCUCAGAUGUUCUCAAAAAGCACCAUCAAGAGAUUGCCAAUCGACUUGGCUGGCAUAUCAUCACUUAUGAAAGGUUUCAUCUCUUCUAAUAUCAAUUUUGGUCCUUUUUCUCAGGUACCCUAGAUACGACACAAUGACAGAGUUUAUGAAUAUAGCCAUCAUUCCAAUAGUUUUGUUUUCACUGCCGCUCAUGAUUUUCUUGGCCUACUGGACUUCUACUCUGAGGUUGACUUUUCGAAGUUGAACCUGACCUUUUCAGAAAUUUAGGCCAAACUCUGGCUCAGAGAUGUGGCUAGUCACAGGCUCAGCAGGAGGAAAAAACGCUGCUUUGAGGUUUUUCAAAGAAGAUUAUGGCUUUGAUGCAAUUUUUCUUAGGAGAACAAUGGAAAUCAUCGCCGAGCAAAAUGAUGAGUAUGAGAAACAGAAAAGGCUGGAUUUGACAAAAAAUGUAGUGGUGACCGGUGGUAACGCCGGAAUAACUGCCACAGGAGAGUUGCUAUUAAACGUCGCGAGGUGAGAGUUUAUUCCGACUAGCUGGUCAUUUUAUAUUUUUUUAGAGAAACAGUCCAUGAUGAGCCUAUUCUUCUCAAAAAAAAACCUUUUUAGCCCCUGAACUUUCAAUGAAACUAGGCUGGAAGACUUUUUCUGGUAAAAAAAGAGAAGAAAUCUACAAAUUUCGAUAUAUGGUCAUUUGAUAUACAGUACCGUCAGAAAAAAAUACUAAAAACGCGACUUUGUCCUCAAAUUUCUUGUAAGGAAUACAAUCUUUCCUGAAAGUUUCUGAAGGUACGUUUUUUUUACAUGAACUGAAACUUCAUCAGAGUGUUAAAUAUAACAGUCGUCACUACUCCAGAAGGUUUCAGAAUUAUUUAUUUUCUUACAAGAAAGUUGUGACCGAAACCCCGUUUCCUCGUAUUUUUUCUGACGGUGAUGUAGGUUCAAAGUUUGCGAAUCACAAAAAUUAUGUAAAAACAAAAGCUUAAAGGGCCAAAAAAAGGGCUAAAAAGUUUCUGAUUCAAAAUCGAAGUUUAUUUGAAGAUAUAAUUUUUCGAAUCUCAAGAGAAACGAUUUUUGGUUUUUUGCUCUUAAAUCCGGUCUGACUUGAGCAAAUGCGUUUUUUUUUCGGGAAAAAGUUACUUCGUAGCUAUUCAAAAUUUGUGCAAAGUUUCAAGUCAUUCGAGCCAUUUUCAGAGAAGUUAUGCUCGAAUAACCACUUUGAAAUAUCUUUAUGGCCAGUACUGUAAUUCGAACAGCUGAAACCAUGAAUUUUUCAAAAAAAUUCUUAAUUUGAGGUUAUCAAUGGCGUCAUCUCACGCGGCGCAAUCCGUGACCAGCGGCGACUUGAUGAGUUCUUCAACUGCUCAAUCGCCUCAAAUAUUUGUCCAUCCGAGCAGUACGACAUCUUCAUUGCCGCGACCUUCCAUCAUUUCUCUUCAUGGUCGAGAGCAUCUUCAUGUCAAACCAAAGUCAGUUCUUCCCGUUCCCCUGCUAAGUUUUCUCAGCGUUGCGGUGAUUGACAGGGAGCGAAGGUUUAUCAUGGCAUGAUAUUUCACUUCUCUUGGUUCUUUUUAAAUUUUCAGAGAAAUUCUCAAGAUUGGUAACGUUUUUCGUGAGCUGUUGAAAGAAAUCAAAAAUUUUCAACGUUUUUCAUAAAAAAAUAGUAUGAUAAGAUUGACGAGAUCUGAAGACCUCCGUGACUUAAUAUCUUUUUUUGAGUUUCUUUUUGAUAGAAAUCUUCAUUUUUGCCGCUUCAUUUAAUGAGAAAUAAAAAGCGAAGUAAUAAAAAGUGAGAAAAUGUGAGCUUUCAUGAAUUUUUCGCAACAGAUUGUGUCAUUAUAUCGACUUCCGUAAGAUAUUAUGAUCCAAAAAUUCUUGCGACUUCCAAUUUAUAAGGGGACGUUUUCUGAAAAACAAAAAAACUUUCUAACAACUUAUUACUAUUGCAAUUUCUUUGAUUUCUUCCUUUAUGCAGCUUGAGAAAUCAAGACAGGCGUAGAGCAGGUGUAAAAUCACACGUCUGCGAAGUGUUUUUGAGACGAAUGCCAAGACGCCUCAGAUUAAUGAGAGAAGAUUUUUUAUCAUAAAUCUUGGGCUGUUUUUUCAACCCUUUUAUUUUUUUUCUGUGAGAUUGAGACUGAAAUUUUCGUGAAGAUCUUCAAAUUGGAUCCUGCAUAUUCUUGGGUAUCCUCACAGAAGAUACGCUCUAGGCGUUCAAUCUGCUUUGCGAAAAAUAGUCUUUGAAAAUCCUGCGCUACGUUUACUUCAUUCUAUUUUUGUAAAUAAGGAUAUUUUACUGAAAACUUUGGAGGAUGAUUUUCGUAAAAUGAGAAACCACAUAUUUAGAUAGUUUCCAAGACAAAAAUUGGUGAAAUGAGCAUCUAGCCAUAAUCUCAUGAGUUUUUGGAAUUGUCAUCAAAAAAAACUAAUUUGUUAGCUGCCUUCUCAAUCGCUUACUUCACACUGCAUCCGAAAUUCUCGAAAUUGAGGGUAUUUUUUAAGACAUGCCCGACGGCCUUCAUCAACUGAAGAGAUUAAAAAAAUGCGGCGGUUACGAGGUCAUCGCAAGUCCGACGCGAAACAAUGGAAGUCCGGGAGUCUGAUGCUGGCUGGUUUUGCUUCGAGACGAAAUUGA